AACCGGAACCGCAGGAUGGCUGCGGAGCAGUUCAAGAAGACCAGUUUACACGUGGCCAAGAGUGUCCUGAACAACAAACACAUCGUCAAGAUGCUGGAAAAAUACCUCAAGGCGAAGAGGAAAAGAAGCGCCUUUGGCUCCUUGUUGUUCCCUGGGAAUGCGGGAACAGCCCCGGAUCCGGCAGGAGGCCCCGUGUCUGCAGGCAGGGGCAGCAGGUGCCCGCGUGUCCCCCCAUUCCGGGGGAGCGGCCGAUCCCCUUCCCGGGGCGCGGCUCGGCUUCGGCCCCAUCCCGGCCGGAGCCGGAUCCCAAAAACAGGGAAAAACUGCGACUCCAACCUCGGGGGCCAGGGAAAAGGGAUGUUGAGCACGGAGUUGGCCAGGUAGGAUGGCCCUGUCCUGGUAUCCUGGCAUAGGAUGGCCGUGUUCCCAUUAUCCUGGCAUAGGAUGGCCAUGUCCCCGUUAUCCUGGCAUAGGAUGGCCAUGUUCCCGUUAUCCUGAUGUGGGAUGGCCCUGUCCCUGUUAUCCCAGUGUAGGAUGGCAAUAUUCCCAUUAUCCUGGCAUAGGAUGGCAAUAUUCCCAUUAUCCUGGCAUAGGAUGGCAAUAUUCCUGUUAUCCCGGCGUAGGAUGGUCAUGUUCCCAUUAUCCUGACAUAGGAUGGCCCUGUCCUAUUAUCCUGGCAUAGGAUGGCCAUGUUCCCAUUAUCCCAACACAGGAUGGCUGUGUCCUAUUAUCCCAACAGAUGAUGGCCAUAUCCCAUUAUCCCAACACAGGAUGGCCAUGUCCUAUUAUCCCAACUCAGGAUGGCCAUGUCCUGUUAUCCCAGCACAGGACAGUCAUGUCCCGUUAUCCCAACACAGGAUGGGCCAUAUCCCAUUAUCCCACUGCAGGACAGUCAUGUCCCGUUAUCCCGAGAGAGGAUGGGUCAUAUCCCGUUAUCCCACGGCGGGACAUCCGUGUCCCAUUAUCCCAACACAGGAUGGGCCAUAUCCCAUUCUCCCAACACAGGAUGGCCAUGUCCUGUUAUCCCAACACAGGAUGGACCAUAUCCCAUUAUCCCAACUCAGGAUGGCCAUAUCCCAUU